CCAUCGGACCUUGUUGGCCACGACCCGGCCCGUUUUGGAUCAUCUCCGCGAUUUUCCAACCCUCGAUCGAACCCUCUUCACGCAUCUCACCUCUGCGCCGUUACGAUCUCUCUCUCUCUCUCUCUCUCUCUCUCUCUCUCCGCUUCUCGUCGGAUGAACCCGUGCAUAUGAAGUGUUUGAUGAAAUGCCUCUACGAACAAUAGUAAAAAUUCCUGCUGUAAUCGAUCACAAACGCUUUAACUGCAAUUGAGUAUAAGUAUGUCGAAGGACAACAACAGCGGCGCGCAUCCGGGCAACGGCCAAUCGGGGCGGCUUCCCCGGAAGCGCUUCUACCGGGCGCGGGCGCACAGCAACCCGCUCAGCGACUCGCACUUCCCAAUUCCCCUCAGCCCCGCCGAUGUCGACUACGCCCAUCACUUCCCCCACUUCUUCGCCCCGGCCGAGCCUGAUCGUGGAAAUGGAAUGGCGCUCUCGCCCAAAGUUCGAUUCGCCGAUGUUGGCUGCGGUUUCGGUGGAUUGCUCGUCGGCCUCUCCCCGCUCUUCCCGGACACACUCAUGAUCGGAAUGGAGCUCAGAGAUAAGGUAACUGAGUAUGUCAAAGAUAGAAUCUUAGCCUUGCGAGACUCGAACCCAGGGAAAUAUGAGAACAUAUCCGUCGUUCGCACCAAUUCAAUGAAGUACAUACCGAAUUACUUCGAGAAGGGGCAGCUAUCCAAGAUGUUCUUUCUAUUUCCGGAUCCCCACUUCAAGGAGAAGAACCAUCGGCGCCGGGUGAUCAGUCCUCAAUUGCUUGACGAGUAUGCGUAUGUGAUGGAAAUCGGGGGGGUCAUAUACACGAUCACGGACGUGGAGGAGCUCGGAGAUUGGAUGAGGUCUUGCUUGGAGGAACACCCGCUGUUCGAAGCUGUUUCUGAGGAAGAGUUGGAGACUGAUCCGGUUGUUAAGCUCUUGUCUUCUGCCACGGAAGAAGGCCAGAAGGUUGCGAGGAAUGGAGGGCAGACUUUUAAGGCUGUGUACAGGCGCGUAGCGUUACACGAAGAGUAGCCGAAAUGGCUUUUUCGGAGGAUAGGGUGAUUUUGCUGAAGCUGCUCAAUCGCAGAAAGAGAUGCUUCGUGGUGUUGAUCGGUUUAGAGUUCUCUCAUCAGAUGAGCUGCUUUGGAGCUGUUUUUCGAAGUAUUUUUUACUAUCUGCAGUUAUUUGGUUUCUGUUGUUUUAACGUGGUUAGGGUUUGCUAUUUUUUUAAGUUUAAUUUGGAUUAUAUGCUAGAUUGGUAUGAAUAGGCUGCACCUUGAAGUAGAGAAGUGGAAGUGGACAUGCAAAUGCUUGCUGCACUAUUUUGUCAGGAUUUCCUACUUGAGGAAUGACUAGUGUUGCUCUGGUUUGGAUG